GGUGAUCAGACAGCACUGCACCGGGCUGCUGUGGUGGGGAACACCGACAUCAUAGCAACUCUCAUCCAAGAGGGCUGUGCUUUGGACAGGCAAGACAAGGAUGGGAACACUGCUCUCCACGAAGCUUGUUGGCAUGGAUUCAGCCAGUCUGCCAAAGUGCUCGUUAAAGCAGGAGCCAACGUUCUUGCCAAGAACAAGGCAGGUAACACACCUCUUCACUUGGCUUGCCAGAACAGCCACUCCCAGAGUACUCGUGUGCUGUUACUUGGAGGCUCUCGAGCAGACCUCAAAAAUAAUGCAGGAGAUACCUGUCUGCAUGUGGCUGCUCGUUAUAAUCACUUGCCCAUCAUUAGGGUGCUGCUCAGUGCUUUCUGUUCUGUCCAUGAAAAGAACCAGGCAGGGGACACUGCACUCCAUGUGGCUGCUGCCCUGAAUCACAGGAAGGUGGUGAAGCUGCUGCUGGAGGCAGGGGCUGAUGCAUCCGUGGUCAACAAUGCAGGUCAGACUCCUCUAGAGGUUGCCAGACAGCACAAUAACCCCGAGGUUGCACUGCUCCUGACUAAAGCAUCACAGGUCUCGCGCUUCAACCGUGGGAGAAGCCUGAGGAAGAAGAGAGAGAGACUGAAGGAGGAAAGACGAGCUCAGUCAGUGCCACGGGAUGAAGUUGUGCAGAGCAAGGGCAGUGUCUCAGCUGCUGACGACACACCGAGCAGUGAGCAGCCCCCACAGAGGAAGAACAAUCUCAAGGAUGAACACCGGUCAACCUCACCAGAUCCCAAAGGGAAGAAGAGCAAAAAGAAGAAGCCAAAGGAAAAGGUUUCAGCCCUCUCGGACCCCAUCUCCCCAGCUGACCAGCAGACACUCCCUCAGCCCCAGCACAACGUGCCCAAGCGCAGAAGCAAACAUCACUGCUCCCCUCCACCCCCUCCCCACGAGGUCAGAGCCUACCAGCUGUACACCCUGUACCGAGGAAAGGAUGGGAAGGUGAUGCAGGCACCGAUAAAUGGAUGUCGUUGUGAGCCCCUGAUAAACAGACUGGAGAACCAGCUGGAGGCAACAGUGGAAGAGAUAAAAGCUGAGUUUGGGACAGUACAAGAUAAGAUGAAUAUGAAACUGGGCCAGAUGGAAAGCAAAACUCAACAUCAACUCCGUGUUCUGGACAAGCUGAUGGCUGAGCGUUUGUCAGCAGAGAGAACAGAGUGUCUGCAGCGCCUGCAGCAGCACACAGAGCUGGAAAAGAACGAGGGCGAGAAGCGACAGAUUUCCUUGGUGGAUGAGCUGAAGACUUGGUGCUUGUUGAAGAUUCAGAAUCUGGAGCUCAAGCUUUCUGGAGAUUCCAGGUCAUCCAGACCAAAAUCAACUUUGUCCACCUGUGAGUCUCUCACUGAGACCUUGGAUACUGACAACAACCCCCAGAGUGCCAAGGACUGUAAGGCCAGCCAGGCUGUGCUGCAGUCAGAGGGCUCCCACCAGCAUUCCUACAUCACUGUUCCAAACAGCCUCUUGGAAGAAGGGGCAAGGAGCAGAGUCCAGAUGCCAGAACAGAGCUUUGGGCAGCACUUCUGCAUGAAACAAGAUGGUGCAUCAGGUGCAACCAUGUCAGGUACAGAGCAACAGUUAAUGGCUGGGGGACCAGUUUCUUCUUCUGCCCCUGCUCAAGACGUCAGGCCAAAGGACAAAGCUGUGAGUGCCAGCACAUUCCACAGGUUCCAGCAGGACCUGCCCUCCUCUGAGCUCCUGAGCUCCAAACUGAGACACGUUAAGGUUCAAGCUGCUCUGCAGCCACUGACUGAACCUGCCAAGGCUGAGCCACAAAGUGGCUACUUCAUCGACAAAGGCACCCAGACAAAAAAGUCCAGCAGGACCGGGCAGUCGAGGCACAAAGCUCUGCACCACUCUGGGGCACAGCAGGAGCAGCAGCCACAGGGACAACCUCCUGCCCCUCUGCUCAGAGACACCUCCCAGGCCCUGGAGAUAACACAGUACUUCUUUGAGGCCGUCUCCACGCAGAUGGAGAAGUGGUACGAGAGGAAGAUAGAGGAAGCUCGGUGCCAGGCAAACCAGAGAGCACAGCAGGAUAAAGCUGCACUCAAGGAGCACAUCAAGUGCUUAGAAGAGGAGCUGAGCAAGUUAAGGACUAAAGUGCAGAAGGAGAGUUAG